CAGCUUAUACAGGCAUUGAGUGAGCUUGCUCCAGUAUGGAUUUCGGCAUACUCCGAUUUUCAUAGAGUAUUCCGUUCGGCUUCGGGUCGCGCUUUGCGUCCUUUCCUCCAUUCGGCUUCCAACUCUACCUCUGCCUCUAGUCUAUGCAGCCUCAGCGGCAUUGGAGCUUUCCCACUCGAUUCGGACGAUCUUUCUGCUUUCUCGCCAAAAGUAUCCUCUGAGUCACAACAUAUAUCUAAGUUUGGUAGCAGAUCCACGAAAAAAACGUCUAUUGAUUGUACUUCUGAGGACGCUAACCCAAACUCAUUAUUGAUUGAUAAGGACAACGCUACUUCUGUCACUUUUAUCGACAGUGCUGCUUCUGGCAAGGGAGGAUACAUGUAUAUGUCCCAGAAGGACACGCCUAAUUCGGAUAGAACUUUCAGUACUUUGUAUUCCCGUUGCAGGCCUUCAUGGAAUCAUUUGCAGUGGACAUUCAAAGACAAGUCAAAGCAACAGGCAAAUGACACACAUUUUGAGACCGCUUCUCAGACGAACAAGUGGAUGGUUUCGCCGAGGCAUGAGAAAGUCAGUUAG